GCACUCAUUUAGUUCGGGGAAAACAUGAAGGAAAAGAGGAGCAAAUUCCAGCGGGGACCAAAGUCAAAUAAAAGUUUCUCCUGAACUUGGAUCUCAUCAUUACCGAGCGGAUGGACGGACAGGAAGGGAAAUAUAAAUUCAAGUCCUUGCCGUGAUAAGCGCUUAGAUGAAUAAACAAUCGCUGAAGUCAUAAACUGCGCUCGCUCGUGAAUGUGUGACAGUCGCGCCCGCGUGCGCUGAGCCAGCCGGACUCGAAGCAUUUGAGAGGGCUCAAGUUCUGUCCACUGAAGGUCAGAGACUUCAAACCGAGAAGCAGAGGCGUCGUCACCCGUCGAUUCAGCAGCCAUGGCCGGGGCGAAACCGGGAGUACACGCGUUGCAGCUCAAACCGGUGUCUGUCAAUGAGGUGCUCAAACGGGGGAGCAAGUUUAUUAAAUGGGACGAGGAGGCCAACAGCAUACCCAGCCUUGUAACCCUUAAAGUGGACCCAGAUGGAUUCUUCCUCUACUGGUCUGGAGGGAACAACAUGGAUGUGGAAAUCCUGGACAUCAGUCAAAUCAGGGACACCAGGACAGGAAGGUUUGCCAAGAUGCCAAAGGACCAACGUUUACGUGAAACACUGGGUUUCACCAAAGUAGAAAGCAACCCAGAAACAAAGCUGCUAACUAUCGUCUAUGGCAAUGACCUGGUCAACAUCUCCUUCCUCAACUUCCAAGCUGUGCAGGAUGGCUAUUGCAAGGAGUGGACUGAUGAGCUGUUUAAACUUGCCACAAACAUACUUUCCCAGAAUGCGUCCCGCAACACCUUCUUCUUCAAAGCGUACACCAAGCUGAAGCUGCAGGUAAAUCAGGAUGGGAAAAUCCCAGUGAAGAACAUCCUGAAAAUGUUCUCCGAUAAGAAACGUGUGGAGAUGGCGCUGGAGCACAGCGGUCUGGUCAAUAACAGGGCGGAUGGUAUAAAGCCAGAUGACUUCACCUGGGAAAUGUUCCAGAACUUUCUCAACAAACUAAGUCCCAGACCAGAGGUGGAGCGUAUCUUCGUGGAGCUUGGCUCCAAAGGGAAGCCCUUCCUGUCUCUGGAUCAGCUGAUGGACUUUAUAAAUCGCAAACAAAGAGAUUCUCGACUAAAUGAGGUUCUUUACCCACCACUCAAGCGAGAUCAGGUCCGCCAGCUCAUGGAGAGAUAUGAGACCAACACCAGCCAGCUGGAGAGAGAUCAGAUCUCCCUGAUGGGCUUCACAAAAUAUCUUGGAGGUGAUGAGAACUCUGUGGUUCCUCCUGAGAGGUUGGACAUCAUCGAUGAUAUGAACCAACCCCUGUCCCACUAUUUCAUCAACUCUUCACACAACACAUACCUCACAGUGGGUCAGUUGACGGGCCUGUCAUCAGUGGAGAUGUACAGGCAGGUGUUGCUGACAGGAUGCCGCUGUAUAGAGCUGGACUGCUGGAAGGGCCGCCCACCUGAGGAAGAGCCAAUCAUCACGCACGGCUUUACCAUGACAACCGAGAUAUCGUUCAAGGAAGUAAUCGAGGCAAUCGCUGAAAGUGCAUUCAAGACGUCUCCCUACCCUCUCAUCCUGUCCUUCGAAAAUCACGUGGACUCGGCAAAGCAGCAGGCUAAAAUGGCAGAAUACUGUCGUUCGAUGUUUGGGGAUGCGCUGCUCAUUGAACCCCUGGAGAAAUAUCCGCUGGUUCCUGGUCAACCACUGCCAAGCCCCCAGGAACUCAUGGGGAAGAUCUUGAUCAAGAACAAGAAGAAACAUCAGCACAGGGCCUCUAAUGGUGGGAGCAUCAGACGCAAGGAUGGGACAGAUGAACAGUCCUCACCUUUGAAUGAUUGUCCAUUGUCUGAUGGGGAGGUGGGCCAGCUCAUGUCCAAUGGGGGCGAGAAGCUUGCAGAGAGGAUGGCCAAAGAUCUUGAUAUCCGCAAGUCUAUUGAUCGGGGAGAUGGGGACAGUGAAGAAGAGGAGGAAGAGGAACCCAUUCCAGAUCCAAAGAAACACAACAACACUGAUGAGGGCACUGCGUACAGUGAGGUGAAUGCUACAGAGGAGAUGUCUACGCUGGUCAACUACAUAGAACCUGUCAAAUUCAAAUCCUUUGAGGUGGCAACCAAGAGGAAUAAAUAUUUUGAGAUGUCAUCUUUUGUGGAGACCAAAGGCAUGGACACAUUGAAGAACUCUCCCAGCGAGUUUGUUGAAUACAAUAAAAAGCAGCUGAGUCGGAUCUACCCCAAAGGGACUCGUGUGGACUCCAGUAACUAUAUGCCACAGCUCUUCUGGAACGUGGGUUGCCAAAUGGUGGCGCUAAACUUCCAAACUCUCGACUUGCCGAUGCAGCUGAACAUGGGGGUGUUUGAAUAUAACGGCCACUGUGGUUAUCUGCUGAAGCCAGAGUUCAUGAGACGCACGGACAAACACUUUGACCCCUUUACUAUGGACAUUGUGGAUGGCAUCGUAGCCAACACAGUUAAAAUCAAGAUCAUCUCAGGUCAGUUUCUGAACGAUAAGAAGGUUGGUGUUUACGUGGAGGUGGACAUGUUUGGACUUCCCGCAGACACUAAAAGGAAAUAUCGAACGAAAACUUCUAACAACAACUCUCUGGACCCAGUCUGGGAUGAUGAAACCUUUUUGUUCAACAAGGUGGUGUUGCCCACCCUUGCAUCUCUGCGAAUAGCAGUGUAUGAAGAAAAUGGAAAGUUUAUUGGCCAUCGCAUCUUGCCAGUAUCUGCAAUGCGACCAGGAUAUCACUACAUCUGUCUGAAGAAUGAGCUGAACCAACCGCUCAUGCUGUCAUCUCUACUUGUGUACACUGAGGCACAAGACUAUAUUCCCAAUGAACACCAAGAGUAUGCAGAGGCUCUGACAAACCCCAUCAAACAUCUCUCUCUGCUGGCCCAGAGAGAAAGGCAGCUUUUAGCACUUAUGGAGGAUCUCACUGAGGGUGGACCUAUGAAACCAGAUGAAGGAGACAAGUUUGACAGUGGCUCCGUGACCUUUGACCCUAUUUGUCCUCUGUCAUCUCCAACACUUCCUUCUGUAGUCACUGAGGUCAUGAACCUUCCUGCAUCAGGCCAAAAAGAAGAUUUAGUCAACAGUAUUCUUAAAGUAAUCGAACCUCAAUCUAUUGAUGAGCUCAAACAGCACAACUCCUACCUGAAGCUGUUGAAGAAGCAAUGCAAGGAACUCAAGGAGCUGAAAAAGAAACAUCUCAAAAAGGUGUGGGCUCUCAGUAAGGAACAAAGGACUCGCUGUAGUCAACUGAACUCUGACCUCCAGAGGAAACGGAGUCAGGUGGAGAAGCGUCUGCGCUCCAGUCUGAAGAAAAAUGGGUCAGAGGAGAAUCAGAGGGAAUUGAUUGAGCUGGAUCUGGAGGUGCAGAAACAGAUGGAGCAGUUCAAAGAGGAGCACAUGCAGGAGCUUCUUGUGCUUAGACAGACACAACAUCAGACAGAGAAAGAGGCUAAACAAUUCCACCUCAGAGAGGCCAAUCAGAAACUAAAGGAAAUCGCCCAAGAAUGCCAAGCAGCCCAGAUCAAGAAGCUCAAGGAAGUGUGUGACAAAGAGAAGAAAGAGUUACAGAAGAUUCUGGACAGGAAGAGGCUGAACAGCAUCAUUGAGGCCAAGAAAGCAGAUAAGGACAAGGCUGAGGCCAGGGAGUUGAAUGAGAUCAAUAGAAAACAUAUCAAUGAUUCGGUCAACUUAAUCCGCCAGCUGGAAGUGUCUCAAGGGAAGCGUCAAGAGAAGUUAAAAGCCCUUCACAAGGACAUCCUUCAGAAAAUUGAGGAGGAGGUUCCUAUGGAUCAGGCCCGUCUGACACGCGACUGCGAAGCAGAGCUGAAGCGAUUGCCGGGAGAGAUCGCACAGUAUCUGCAGGAGAUCGAGAGCAGUGGCUCCCGUAAAGAGACUCUGAUGGGUCAGGCCAAUGACAUCCACAGCUCCGGCCCCCCCUCUAACUCCAGCACGCCCCCUUAUUCCUCCCCUAACCACAGCUGGAGCAACAUUGCCAAUAUCUCGUCCUCAGUGCUGGACUCCUCCUCCACCUCAAACACUCCCGUCAAGUCAAAGACUGAUACUACAGGAGUGUAUUAGUGAUCCUAUCGUUGUUUAAUUUGUUUUUCUUAUCACUCUCUCCAAUCCAUUUCUGUCCACAGUGGAUUUUAAGAAUAGAUAUAGUAUUACUAGAAGUUGUAUGCAUUCUUUUAUGAUUGUUUUUAUUAUUUUUUAGCUUGCAUACACUUUACCACCGUGUCUGUCUGAAUCAGUUCUUUUUAACCAAAUUCCUGUUUUAAUCCAUAAACAGUGGAUUUUAUCUAGCUUUAAUAAUGCAGGCUCUCAUUCAUACUACCACCUGUAUGCAAGAUACCUGUGGAAACCAGAGGGAUGGGGGUUUUCAAUUUAUUUUCGGUUGUAUAUUGUGCACCUUGCAGCUUUAUUGGUAGUGCAGCAAAUUGUCCUAUAGGUGGCAGUGUAAUUUUGGCAGUAAUGAAUUCUGACGCUGUGAUGCUAGCAAGGCUCAUGCUAAGUCUUAAAGGUACAUGUUUACAUAAUGCACAGAUGGACUAUUUCUUACCCCCCCCCCCCAACACAAUUCAUUUCACCACAGCGACGAAACAUCC